AUGACUAAUUGGUCGAAAUUGAAGGUCGUUGACCUGAAGGCUGAAUGCGCCCAACGCGAGAUUCCGCUGACGGGCCUGAAACUCAAGCAGCAAUAUAUCGACAAGCUUGAGGAAUGGGAAGCUGCUCAAGGUCAAGGACAAGAGACAGACGCAGUGAAACAAUCGCCGGCGUUGGCGAACGGCGAACCCUCAAUAACACAGCCAGAAGUUGAGCAGCAGACGGCGCAAGAAACCCAAAGUAUUGCACAAGCCGACGAUGGACAGAAGACUCAGAUCAUCGACGAAGCGCCUGCCAGCGGCGAUCUGCAGCCGCAAGCCGAGAUCAAAGAGACCCAGAAUAGCGAUGCUCCGCCAAAUCUUCAAGAGCAGGCCGCACCCACGCAAGAGACCGAGCAAAUUAAUAGCGAGCAGGUUGCACCUCUUCUUGAAGAACAGCAGGCCGCUACCGAGCGUGAAGCGCCGGCCGAAACCAAUAUUGAGCAGCCGGCUGUGUCAGUUGCAGAGCAUACAGAUAGAGAAGAUGCAACUGCUGGGUCGACCGAGGCUCCAACAUCAGACUUCCAACAACCCGCGCCAGCUCCGAUCCUUGACGAAACACCUCUUGGUGUGUCCGCGUCCAUACCGCCGACGGGUGAUACGACACGUAGCUCGUCAGGGGCGCCGCCAGUCGAAGUGAUGGAAGACGCUCGAAAGCGCAAGCGCAGAAGCGUGACGCCCACGCCCAAAGCAGAGGAGGUCGCAUUAAAGCGCAUCAAAGCCAACGAUGGCUCUCCACUACUCCGUGCCCAGGAGGAAGCGAUAGCAGAGCAAAAAGCUAUUGAUGAAGCUGGUGUAGAUGCAGACGCUGGUCCACUGGCCAAGGAUCAGCCUGUCGCAGAAGUCGAGCUUCAAUCAGGGCCGCUUUCGCAACAGGGUGAUAAAGCUUCUCUGGAGCGUUCGGCUUCACCUGUCAGUGACCACCCAGUGGUCCCGGCCUUGCAUCCUGCGACCUCGACGUUGUACAUCCGCAAUUUCAAACGUCCGCUACGUCAGCCCGAUCUCCAAGCGCACAUCGCAUCACUCGCACGCGCGAGCAGGGAUGAGCCUGACUCGAACCCGAUCAAAUUCUUCUACCUCGAUGUCAUCCGCACCCACGCCUUUGUUCGCCUCCAAUCUAUAGUCUCGGCAUCGCGAGUGCGCUCUGCUCUACAUGGUACUCGAUGGCCGGACGAACCGAAUCGCGAGCUCUUAUGGGUCGAUUUCAUCCCUGACGACAAAGCUGAAACCUGGGCUAAUCAAGAAGCCGACGCAAGCGCAGGGAGUGGCUUUGGAGGUCGCGGCGGCGGUGGCAAGCGGUGGGAAGUCGUGUAUCAAGAUGGCUCGAAUGGCGUCGAAGCACGUCUACAAGACGCGAAUGAGGCCCGAAGAGGUCCUCGGCAGCAACGGUCUAGCUUUUCGCAGCCUGGCAAACCUUCAAUACACCUCCAGCAAGACCUGAUGCCCGGCGUGCACCCAGAUCGUGCUGCGUACGUCCCACGAGCCGAUGCUCGUAGAGGCUCUAAGCCUUACGACGACCGGCCCCUACCACCGAGGCAGCCGAAGCACGCGGAGCGCAAUUUCGCCGCGCUUGACGAGCUCUUCUCAUCGACAGAGAGAACAAAGCCGAAGCUGUACUACAAGCCCGUUGCGCCCGAAGUUGUCGACCGGAGAUUGGAGAUGAUGAAGGACAUGCGCGUGGGUCACAAUGACAUGGGACGGAGUGGCGACGAGGGCAUGAAGCGCUACUCGUUUGAAUGGGAUCGCGGAAGAGUAGAAUGGGUCGACAAAGGGCCGGAAUUUGGCUUUGGGAGGAAGGGCCGCGAGAGACUUAUGGGUGACAGAGGCGGUAGAGGCGGCGGCGGCGGAUUCCGCGGUCGUGGCGGAGGAGGUAUGGGACGCCCUCCACGAGGUCCGAGCGGAGGAUACCAGGAUUGGGAUGCUCCUCCGCCAGGAAGGAGGGAUGGCGAUAGCUGGCGCGGUGGCCGCUAG